AUGGUGGUUCAAACCGAAGCGCAGCAACAGUAUUUCUACGGCACCGGCAAACGCAAGUGUGCGAUCGCCAAAGUUCGCCUGUAUCCGGAUGACGGCACUGCCAUCAUCGUCAACGGCAAACCGAUGGAAGAAUACUUCAACUGGCUGCCCUGGCAGUCCACCAUUCGGGAAGCCUUCGUUAUAUCAGACACGGUGGGCCGCUUCCGGGUGAUGGCUCAGGUGAUCGGCGGCGGCGUUAACGCGCAGGCUGAGGCCAUACGCCAUGGGAUUACCCGUGCUUUGGUUACUUUCGACUCCGACUUGAAACCCAGUUUGCGAAGGGCCGGUUUCAUUACCCGAGACGCCAGGGUGAAAGAAAGCAAGAAGUACGGCCUGAAGCGCGCCCGCCGCGCGCCGCAGUACACCAAGCGGUAG